AUGAGUUUUAAGGAUCUUGAUGAAGCUAAAAGAGUUGUGAGCUAUUACGCAGUUUCUAAUAAGAAAGGACUUAAAGUUGAUCAUAGUGACAGUCAUAGAGUUAGAUAUAAGUGUGAUAGUGGUUGUCCUUUUGUGUGUUUGAUUUCUGAAGAUAACAAAAAUCAGGGAUUUAAGAUUAAGACCUUGCAUUUAGAACAUAAUUGUCAGCCAACAUUUAAGAAUAGAAGAGCUACUCAACAAGCUUUAGCACAUUACUUCAAGAACAAAGUGCAGAAUAAUCCUAAGUACAAGGUGAAAGAUAUGAGGCAGGAUUUGGAUGUUCAAUUUUCACUUAAUAUUAGUGCUUCAAAGAUGAAAAGGGUUAAGAGGCUUAUUUUAGAGAAAUUGGAGGGUAGCUACCUUGAUGAUUUCAAUAGGUUGGAGGCUUAUGCUCAAGAAUUGAGGGAUAGCAAUCCUGGUACUAAUGUGGUGAUAAAUAUAUCUAAAGAGGCUCUUGAACAAGAUUCACAAAAGCACUUUUAUCCUCUAGCUUGGGCAGUAGUGGAUAGAGAAACAUCCAGAACUUGGAAAUGGUUCAUUCAGUUGUUGAGAAAUUCUUUAGAGCUGGCAGAUGGUGAAGGAUUGACACUAAUGUCUGAUAUGCAAAAGGGAUUGAUUGAUGCUGUUACUCAUGUGCUUCCCAAAGCACACCACAGAUGGUGUGUAAGGCACAUUGAAGCCAAUUAG